AUGAGUGAUUCCAAUGACGUUGGCUCUCCUGCAAACUAUGUGGAUAGUGCUUCUUACGCAGAUACUCCACAAGAUUCUUCUGAAAAACGUGGAGCAAAACGACUUAAACCUACUCAUGUUUCCAGUGAUGCUUCAAAUCAAGACCAGACUGCUGACAGAUCAUCAGCUGGUGUUCCAGCUGAGAACGGCAUUGUUCAGAGAGCUGCUCCAGCUCCAACUACCUGCAACUAUGUUUUAAAAUACACCCUUUUGGGCCAUACCAAAUCUAUCUCGUCUGUAAAGUUUUCUCCAGAUGGGAAAUGGCUUGCUUCUUCGUCCGCAGACAAGACAAUCAGGCUAUGGCACGCUAUUGAUGGUCGUCAUGAACGAACCCUACUAGGGCACAGAGAAGGGGUUUCAGACGUUGCAUGGUCCUCAGACUCGCAAUAUAUUUGCUCUGCCUCUGAUGACAAGACAAUCCGUAUCUGGAAAUACGACAGUUCGGAUGCAGUAAAAAUUCUUAAAGGACAUACAAACUAUGUGUUUUGCGUCAAUUACAACCCACAAUCAAACUUGAUUGUGUCUGGAUCGUUUGAUGAAAGCGUCAGAAUAUGGGAUGUUCGAAAAGGAAAGUGUAUAAAGUUGCUCCCUGCCCAUUCAGAUCCAGUUACAGCAGUAUGUUUCAAUAGAGAUGGCACACUCAUUGUAUCUAGUAGUCUUGAUGGGCUAAUUCGCAUUUGGGACACUGCCACUGGACAAUGCUUGAAAACACUUAUUGAUGACGAUAACCCUCCAGUUUCGUUUGUCAAAUUCUCUCCAAAUGGAAAAUACAUUCUUGCGUCUACUUAUGACAGCACACUACGGCUAUGGUCGUACUCGAAUGGAAAGUGCUUAAAGACUUACACUGGACACAGCAACUCUACAUACUGCUGUUUUGGUAGUUUUUCUGUGACAUCUGGAAAAUGGAUUGUAGCUGGCAGCGAGGAUCAUUACAUUUACAUAUGGAACUUGCAAACCCGAGAAAUUGUUCAGAAAUUGGCAGGCCAUUCAGACGCGGUUCUCGGUGUUGCAUGCCAUCCAAUACUAAAUAUGAUUGCAUCUUCAUCGAUUGAUAAAGACCUAACUGUCAAAAUAUGGGUAGAUGAUACAGCACAGAUUAAUCCUGUAAGCGCACAAUAAAUAAUUCAAUAUAUUCGU